AUGCCAAUUUCUCUUGAAUCUUGGAUACCAAGUCAUACUCCAACUCUGACCACUUUGAAAUCAAUCGCCACCACCCAUGCCCCAGGACUUUCAUCUACUUUGACUUCUGCCCUUGCGAAAGCGUCCACUGCUACCGUUACGGCAGAUCUUUAUGAUAUUUCUCAGCAAAUUAGAGGUGCCCAAGCUUCUCUUACCAUCAUUAGUGCUGAAAAGGUGCUUGCCACUGCAACGGAAGAGUCAGUUAAGGCUCGAGCCACCCAAGCUAUCUUUGCAGCCACAUCAAAUUUAAAGGAAUUGGCUGAUGAACAAAACUUGUAUGAUACCACACUUAACCGUCCUGCUAACAUUAUUUAUCUUGUGGUAUUCUUCAUUCAAUUCGUAUACUUUUUGGUCAUGGUGUGGAAAUCUCGUUUUCAUUGGUUUAACAUCACAUUUAUUUGUGGAUACGGUUUGGAAUUUGCCGGGUUUCUUGGUCGAGUUUUAAGUUUCAGCGAUAAUACUAACAAGGACUUUUACUUACUUCAAUUUCGUGACAUUGACCAUUGCUCCAGCAUUCAUAAUGGCAGGAAUAUACUUUUUAUUUGCCCAAUGUGUGGUUAUAUUUGGAAGAAAGUAUUCCAUGUUAAAGCCAAUGUGGUAUUCCUAUUUCUUCAUUGGAUGUGA